GCGGUGACGCGGCGGGGCGCGCGGCGCUGACGUGUCGCGGUGCGGGCGCGGGGAUGCGGGCGCUGAUCCUGGUGGGCGGCUUCGGGACGCGGCUGCGGCCGCUGACCCUGAGCCGGCCCAAGCCGCUGGUGGAGUUCUGCAACAAGGCGCUGCUGCUGCACCAGCUCGAGGCGCUGCGGCAGGCGGGCGUCAGCCACGUGGUGCUGGCCGUGAGCUACAUGUCCGAGGCGCUGGAGGCCGCCAUGCGCGAGCAGGAGCAGCGGCUCGGCCUCCGCAUCUCGCUGUCGCACGAGAAGGAGCCGCUGGGCACAGCGGGGCCGCUGGCGCUGGCGCGGGACCUGCUGGCCGAGGGCGGGGAGCCCUUCUUUGUGCUCAACAGCGACGUGAUCUGCGAGUUCCCCUUCGCCGCCCUGGCCCGCUUCCACCGGCAGCACGGCGGGGAGGGCUCGCUGGUGGUGACCCGCGUGGAGGAGCCGGCCAAGUACGGCGUGGUGGUGUGCGAGGCCGACACGGGCCGCAUCUGCCGCUUCGUGGAGAAGCCGCGCGUCUUCGUGUCCAACAAGAUCAACGCCGGGCUCUACAUCUUCAGCCCCGGCAUCCUGCGGCGCAUCCAGCUGCGCCCCACCUCCAUCGAGAAGGAGAUCUUCCCGGCCAUGGCGCAGGAGGGGCAGCUCUAUGCCAUGGAGCUGCAGGGCUUCUGGAUGGACAUCGGGCAGCCAAAAGACUUCCUCACGGGCAUGUGCAUGUACCUGCAGGCGCUGCGGGCUCAGCACCCCGAGAAGCUGCACUCGGGGCCUGGUGUCGUAGGGAAUGUGCUGGUGGACCCCAGCGCCAAGAUCGGGGCAAACUGCGUCAUCGGCCCCAACGUGACGAUCGGGGCUGGCGUGGUGGUGGAGGACGGGGUGCGCAUCAAGCGCUGCACAGUGCUGGAAGGGGCCCGCAUCCGCUCCCACUCCUGGCUGGAGUCCUGCAUUGUGGGCUGGAGCUGCUCCGUGGGGCAGUGGGUGCGCAUGGAGAAUGUGACAGUGCUGGGCGAGGAUGUCAUUGUCAACGACGAGCUCUACCUCAAUGGGGCCAACGUGCUGCCGCACAAGUCCAUCACCGAGUCUGUACCAGAGCCACGCAUCAUCAUGUAGCAGCCCCCGGUGCGCCCUCCACUCUCGGCUCUGCCUGGAUUAAAUAUUUAUACUUCCACCUA